CAGGAGGGCGGUUCUGGUUCCGGGUCAGUCCCCGCCUGGGCAGGCUCUCGGGCGGUGGGCGGGGGCGGCGGCCCCGGCCAUGCGGAGCCGGGCCGGGCGGCGGCGGCCGCGCAGGGCCCUGCCUGGGCUGCGGCGGGGCCCCAUGAGCCGCCGGGGGUAGGGCGGGGAGCCCCUUCCCCCCCGCCCCGCCGCCAUGUACACCUUCGUGGUGCGGGACGAGGGCAGCAGCGUGUACACCGAGGUGAGCCGGCUGCUGCUGGCCAGCGGGCAGUGGCGGCGCCUCCGCAGGGACAACCCCCGCUUCAACCUGAUGCUGGGCGAGAGGAACCGGCUUCCCUUCGGCAGGCUGGGCCAUGAACCUGGACUUGUGCAGCUGGUGAAUUACUACAGGGGAGCAGACAAGCUGUGCCGCAAAGCAUCUCUGGUGAAGCUAAUCAAGACAAGCCCUGAGCUAUCAGAGUCCUGCACGUGGUUCCCUGAGUCAUAUGUGAUUUACCCAACAAACUUGAAGACCCCUGUGGCUCCAGCACAGAAUGGAAUUCGCCAUCUCAUCAACAACUCGAGGACAGACGAGCGGGAAGUGUUCCUGGCAGCUUACAACAGGCGGCAGGAAGGCAAAGAAGGCAAUGUGUGGAUCGCCAAGUCCUCAGCUGGUGCCAAAGGGGAAGGGAUCCUGAUUUCUUCAGAGGCUGCAGAGCUCCUGGACUUCAUUGAUGAGCAGGGACAAGUGCAUGUGAUUCAGAAAUACCUGGAGAAUCCUCUACUUUUAGAGCCAGGGCAUCGCAAGUUUGACAUCAGGAGCUGGGUUCUCGUGGAUCAUCAAUAUAAUAUCUACCUCUACAGAGAGGGUGUCCUGCGGACCUCUUCCGAACCAUAUAACAGUGCUAAUUUCCAGGACAAAACCUGCCACUUGACCAAUCACUGCAUUCAGAAGGAAUAUUCCAAAAACUACGGGCGGUAUGAGGAAGGGAAUGAAAUGUUCUUCGAGGAGUUCAACCAGUAUCUGAUGGAUGCCCUGAACACAACGCUUGAGAAUAGCAUCUUACUGCAAAUCAAACACAUAAUAAGAAGCUGCCUUAUGUGUAUAGAGCCUGCAAUCAGCACGAAGCAUCUUCACUACCAGAGCUUCCAGCUCUUUGGCUUUGACUUCAUGGUGGAUGAGGAGCUGAAGGUCUGGCUAAUAGAAGUCAACGGGGCCCCAGCAUGUGCACAAUCUUUCAGUUUUUUAAGCUGUUUGUGGAUGGAUUCUGAAUGGUCACGCAAAUUCAUACAACACAAUCCUUCAAAUUCUUCACAACCAUGUCCAUGUGCCAGAAGCUGUAUGCAGAGCUCUGCCAAGGAAUUGUGGAUGUAGCCAUCUCCAGCGUUUUCCCCCUCAACGACACUGGGCAGAAGAUGAAUCAAUCAUCAUCGAUCUUCAUCAAGCUGUGAUGACAACACAACUGCCACUGCUGUGAACAGGAGAGACUGCACCCCUCGGGUCAGCACAGCUUGGUGGCUUAUCUCAGUAACAUGCCAAAAAGUGAUAGAGACAGGCUUCAUAUUUUAUGGGAGCCCACAGGGAAAAACAACAAAACAGGCAUCCUCACAGAGCUGUGAUGAGCCAGAGCUGCUCAGAUAACUCUGCCUGCAUUCACCAAAAUCCACUUUAGAAGCAGUUCCUGUGACUUUGAUACCUGAAACAAAUCUCUCUGGGAGUACAACAAAACAACCUUAAAAUGAAACCCCAGCAGGGAUACUGUAAUGCUGUAUUAGCUCCUCCUUUUCUAUAGAGAUAACAUUGGGUUUUUUAAGGGAAUCGAGUGGAGAGAACGAUGGAGUUGUCCUCCUCCUCCCGCUGUGUUUAUUCUUUCCUCACCUACUGCAUCAUUAGUGCCUUAGCUCGGCUCCAAAUAGGUGACUCCUUUCCUUUGUUCCUGCUCUGUUACAUAGAAAGGAGCAAGCUCUCCUGGUGCCUAAAACCAGGAACACCAAGAAGUCAGUUUCCUUAGGUCAUUUUCCAAGCUGGUUGGCUGAACACCCAGGCAAUGGCUGGCAGAAGGGUGCUGAACUGCAGGUGGUGAAUUAACCCAAGCAAGGAAGGCAAUUUUCUUUAUUUAUAGCUAUCCCUUUUCCUAUUGAGAUUUGAAUCAGUGUCUGUCCCAGUCUGAGGCAGUUGGAUUCUGCUUAAAAGAGGUAGAGAGACCCCCUCAAGCUCACUAGCAGGCUGUAGGAUUUCUAGAAUCACCUUUGUGCUGUUUCAAGUAGCAGAAACCUGAUUCCAGUUUCUUCUGAGGCACUGCAGUGAGUUUAGGCUCUUCUCUGAGAUUUCACCUUCCGGAUUUACUUGAGGCUUGAACCUGAAACCUUUCUACCCAAAUCCUGUUUAAUCCAGCCAAUUUUAUUCUCCUCUGUUUGACAAAUACUGCAAUCUUCUGCCCUGAUCACAGUCCACAACUUGAUCCUAGCUAAGAGGAAGGUGGGUGAGAUUUUGUAGACCAGGAGACAGACUCCUGUUUGCUACACAUAUGGGAAAUCAAGUCCUUUGGGGGGAAGGAGAGGUUAAAUUCCUUGAGAUGUCUGAAUUUCAGAGCUAACAUCUACUUCGAGUAUAACGUACAUCCCUGUUACGUUUCCUGCUUUGUGAAGUGUAUCUGAAUUUGCAGUGUGAGCCUAGCACAUCCCUCUGGCAGGGAAAAGAUGGUCAUGGAAAAAAACUGGUUCCUGUUCCCCAUAACAAAGAAACAAGAAGACAUUGUGGAGGUUACAAGCUGCCUGUGUGUAAUGGGAGUGCAUCAAGCAAUGGAAUUUCUGCCUUCCUCAGGAGAACCUGGUGUUUUGGUGUACUCAUCUCUGCUUGUGAUGGAGAUUUCAGAGGUCUUCAUGCAGCAGGCAAUCCUGAUGGGAAGGGCUGGGUGAUAAGCAGGGAGAAGGGCAUGGGGGAAGGUUGGGGGUUUAACUUUACGAUAGCACAGAGGUGUCAGAAUUUCACUGCAGUCUGGGUGAAGUGUGGUGGCAACUCACAGAAUUAAAUGUAGGCUCUUAAGGGUUGUUACUCAGCUUGCAAAGUUCACCACAUCUCCAUUGAUAUUUUCAUGUUCGCUUGGCUGAGCUUAAAAACUGCACGUUUUUUGCCCAGCAGUGGGAAGACCUCAGAGCAAUCGCUCUCAUUAACAGCUGAGCUCUCGUAAACUCCAGGAGAGACAGGAACAGAAAAUUUCCCUCAUCACAAUGACCCAAGAAAUGCUCAUUUUCUGGGAUGCUAGACCCAUCCUUCUCCUCAAAAGGGAAAUUCAGAUAAUGCUUGGUGGUAGAGCCAGAACUACAGACGAUGCAACUAUUCAUAGCCUGCCUUUCCAGCUGGGCUUGGGGGAGGUAGUGUUUCAGGGACACUUGAAUCUUCUGUUUGCUGAAUUUUUCAGAAAUAAGCAACAUCCUCUGGAGGAAAAUGUGUAUUUUCCACCUUCUCUCAAAGUGCCCCCCAAAAUAAAGCACAGAAGGUAAAUGAUAAAGGACAGAGAGCACAGUGCCUAAAGUUUUACCCAAAACACUAGCUAUGAGGUGGAGUAGAGGAUGUGUGUGUGGCUGGGCAUUGCAGCCAUGGGUGCACCUUGCAAGUGAUGCUCACAAGCCCCUGUGAGACUUCCGUUUGUUUCUUUUUUUAGGAAUAUACAACAAUAAAUGUUUUCUAGUUUAUUUCAGCUAAAAGGUCAAUAGAAAAGGUCUUACUCUCUUUCCUGAGCUUUCACCCAGGAUACUGCUGGGUUUCCAGAAGACACCUACCAUAUUGCAGAAUGUCUCUAGUCUUAGUUAUAUCCCUUCAUGUCAUCCAUGAAGAAUUUCUGGCCCAGGUGUUCUGGCUGCGUUGUCCAGCAGGGUCUGGUCCCACUGGACUCUGGGUUUCAGGUAACUCCCAUGUGGCUUGCUCCAUACAAAUUAGUCAUGUUGUGCUUCUGCUGAAAUCUGGUGGCUGCCCACAGUCCAUGGAGAACGCCGGAGAAAUCUGAGAAAGGCUCAAACGCUGAUUUCAUCCAGGUGACUGUGACCAGUGCCCUUCAGGACUGCUUGCAUGUCCCUGCUCCCAGCAUUUCUUGUUCCCCACACGCAGCUCUCUCCCAGGAGAGCAUCGCUGUGCCGUUCAUGAUCAUGCUCCAUGACAGUGUCCGCUGUGGCAGCCCUUGGGAAAGCCUGGUGUUGAGAGGAUGUGGGGCACACGGGGCACUGCCGAGCUGGCCGCCCGUCAGGCUCGGGGUGGUGUGUGCCCGGCUGCUCUCACGCCAGCGUGUGCAUGUGGGGCUGGCGAAUGCCUGAGCUCCCGGCUCUCGGCUGAGCUCGCAUCUAUCCACAUCUCUCCUAAACCAUCAUUAAAACAUGCAAACCCCA